AUGGCUUGUUAUUCCACAAUUGCCCUUUUCCUUGUCGUUGAUCUAUUCGCAACAACUGGAAACGGGCAAGGGCCCGGGAUUAGUACUCUGAGUGGGCUUACCGUAUCCGGCAGAAUAUGUUGCACGGAAAACGGUACUUGUCCGGGUGAGGGUGUCGAAGGGGCAGUCGUGAGGGUGAAUUGUACCACUCGACUUUCCGGUGGGUCCACCACCAUUGCCCAAGGUACAACCAACGCUAGUGGAUUUUUCAACAUCACUAUUCCGAGUUUGUCGGAACUUCAACUAGGACAACUCACACAUCCGUGUGUUGCCGCGGUUGAGCUUCCGCUCGACUAUACAGUCUGUUCUGCACUUUCCGACACUACCGGUUCACUUGUUUCGGACGAUAUCUCAAGUAGAGAUCCUAUCGCGCAAAAAUUAGUAAAGCUCUUUAGAUUUCAUUAG